UUGCCUACGUGAAUAAUUAAACACAUACGGGCCAUAGUUGUAGUAUUGAAUGCUCUCAAACAUCACCAUAUCCAUGACUAAUUUCCAAAACAUUCUUUACCUCUUCACCCUUGUUAUCUUUUUCAAAACUUUUGCAUCCACUAAUUCAUGGGAUGACCCUUUUUUCAUAUACCAAUAUUGCUCAAGCAAUAGAACCACAUCAAAUACAUCCUUCCAGUUAAACCUUCACACCCUUCUAUCUUCCUUAUCAUCCAAAGCCACAACCAACACAAAUACAAAAUUCUACAACACAACUUUCAUUGGAAACAACCCUUUUGAUACAAUCUAUGGCAUGUUCAUGUGUAGAGGUGAUGUUCCCUCUCAACUUUGUCAACAAUGUAUAGUAAAUGCAACACAAAGACUUUCCUUGCAAUGUUCUUUGUCAAAAGAAGGUGUUGUUUGGUAUGAGGAAUGCAUGGCUUGGUAUUCAACAACCUUUAUCUUCUCAACUAUGGCAACAACAACCCCAAAUAUUUACUUGUUGAACACUGACAAAGUCUCAAACAUAAAAAAUUUCAUGAGUUUAUUGUUUUCUACAAUGAACAAAACUGCAAAUGAAGCAUCUUUUGGUGACACAAAAUUUGCAUCAAAUGAAAAUACUAUAUCAAAAUUUCAAACCCUUUAUUGUUUAGCUCAAUGCACACCAAAUUUGUCACCACAUGAUUGUAGAACAUGUCUAAGUGGAUUGAUAGAUGAACUUCCAAUUUGUUGUGAAGGAAGAAUUGGAGGUAGAGUUUUAAAUCCAAGUUGUAAUAUUAGGUAUGAAUUUUAUCCUUUUUAUCUUUCAACUAUUGAUUCAUCAAAGCCUAUAUCACAAAUUCUAUUUCCUCAAACAAAAAAUUCAAGUGAUGAUUCAAUGUUUUUAGAACAUCCUUUUUACCUUUCACACAAUUGUUCUUUUAGUAACAAAACCAUUACUUUUAACAACACUUUCAAAGUUCACCUCACUACCCUGUUAUCUUACUUGUCUUCUAAUGCCACUAAAAGCUUAUUUUAUAAAGUUGAUGUGGCUAAUAAAGUUUUUGGCCUCUUCAUGUGUCGUGGUGAUGUUGCUUUUCCUUUAUGUGAACAAUGUGUGCAAAAUGCAACAUAUCAAAUAAAAUCAAAGUGUCAUUCAUUUCAAGAGGCUAUAAUUUGGUAUAGUCAUUGUAUGAUUAGAUAUUCAUAUUGGAAUUUCUUUUCCAUAGUGGACAAAAGUCAUGUGUUUUAUGAGAUGAAUGUGACUAGUGACUCUAGUCCAAAUAAAGAGAGAAACUUGUUCAAUUUUGAAAUAUCAAAUGCACUAUCAAAAGUGGCAAUUAUGGCAAGGGAUAGUGGUGAGAGAUUUGGAACAAAAUCAAUCAAAUUGAAUGAUUUACAAACACUUUAUACACUCGGUCAAUGUACAAAAGAUUUGACUAGUGAUGAUUGCAAAGGUUGUUUGGGAGAUAUUAUGGGAAAUGGAAUUGCUUGGCCUUAUUUGGGAAGUGUAGGUGGAAGAGUUCUCUAUCCAAGCUGCAAUUUGAGGUUUGAAUUGUUCCAAUUUUACAAAGAGAAUGACAAAGCUAGCAAACCAAUAAUUAAUCAUUCUACAUCAGGAAAAAGGAGAAACUGGUCGCGAACAAUUAUCUUGAUUGUUGUGCUGACACUUGUUUUAGUGAUACUCUUCUUUGUUGGUUGUUAUUUACUAAAGAGACAAGCAAGAAGGAAUUUUAAAACUAUUCUCGGAGAAAACUUUGGUCAUGAAGGUGCAGCUUUAGAGCCAUUACAAUUUCAUUUAGCUUUAAUUGAAGCAUCAACCAACAACUUUUCAAAUGAAAAUUACAUUGGCAAGGGUGGAUUUGGAGAAGUUUACAAAGGCAUACUUUUGGAUGGAAGACAGAUAGCGGUAAAAAGACUCUCGAAAAGCUCUAUGCAAGGUGCAGAUGAGUUCAAGAAUGAAGUUUUGUUGAUAGCCAAACUUCAACAUAGAAAUCUAGUGGCGUUCAUUGGUUUUUGCCUUGAAGAACAAGAGAAAAUACUUAUCUAUGAAUACGUGCCGAAUAAAAGCCUUGAUCACUUUUUAUUUGGCAAGCAAGGUCCAAUGUUUUUAAGUUGGUUCCAACGAUACAACAUUAUAAGAGGAAUUGCUCAAGGAAUUCUUUAUUUACAUGAGCAUUCUCGACUUAAAGUCAUUCAUCGUGAUCUUAAACCUAGUAAUAUUCUAUUAGAUGAAAAUAUGAUUCCAAAAAUAUCUGAUUUUGGUCUUGCUAGAAUUGUUGAAUUAAACCAAGAUAAGGAAAAUACAAAUAGAAUCGUUGGAACGUUGGGCUAUAUGUCUCCAGAAUAUGCAAUGUUCGGACAAUUUUCUGACAAAUCAGAUGUUUAUAGUUUUGGAGUCAUGGUUUUAGAAAUUAUUACUGCAAAGAAGAAUGUAUGUUCUUAUGAAUCAACUAUCGGUGAUAGCCUCCUGAAAUAUGUUUGGAGACAAUGGAGGGAUCAAAUACCUUUAAGCAUACUAGACCCAAAUAUUAAAGAAAGAUUUUCUGAAAUUGAAAUAAUUAAAUGCAUUCAAAUUGGUUUAUUGUGUGUUCAACAACUCCCUGAAACUAGACCAUCAAUGGCAACCAUUGUUUCAUAUCUUAACAAUGACUUUAUUGAAUUGCCAACUCCUAAGGAAUCUGCAUUUUUCUUCCAUGGCCAAAUGGAUGCAAUAGCUAUUCAACAAGAUUCAAGUUCUAGUCAUUAUAUCAAUAACACUACAACUUGUUCGAUCAAUGACUUGUCUAUGUCUCAAUUUCUUCCUCGAUAGUAUGCUAAUUUUUUGUUGUUGUUGAUGUGUCUAUGUUGAGUUAGACAAUAUAUUGAUAUGCCUUUUAAAUUUUUAUCUUAAUGGUAAUUUGAUAUUUUUAUGUUUUAUUA